AUGGCGAAGCCUCUGACUGACAGCGAGAGGCGGAAACAGAUCAGUGUGCGGGGCUUGGCGGGACUGGGCGACGUGGCUGAGGUGCUGAAGAGCUUCAACCGUCACCUGCACUUCACUCUGGUCAAGGACCGCAACGUGGCCACACCCCGGGACUACUACUUCGCAUUGGCGCACACAGUGCGCGACCAUCUAGUGGGCCGUUGGAUACGAACACAGCAGCAUUACUAUGAACGCGACCCCAAGCGCAUUUACUAUCUUUCCCUGGAAUUCUACAUGGGUCGGACGCUGCAGAACACGAUGGUGAACUUGGGUCUUCAGAAUGCUUGUGAUGAAGCUAUCUAUCAGCUAGGACUAGACUUGGAGGAACUAGAAGAAAUUGAAGAGGAUGCUGGCCUUGGUAAUGGAGGCCUGGGGAGGCUGGCAGCCUGUUUCCUUGAUUCGAUGGCCACCCUGGGACUGGCAGCGUAUGGCUAUGGAAUCCGCUACGAGUUUGGGAUUUUCAACCAGAAGAUUGUCAAUGGCUGGCAGGUUGAGGAGGCUGAUGACUGGCUGCGUUAUGGCAACCCCUGGGAGAAGGCACGGCCUGAAUACAUGCUUCCUGUGCACUUCUACGGUAGAGUGGAGCACACCCCAGAUGGAGUCAAGUGGCUGGACACACAGGUGGUGCUAGCCAUGCCGUACGACACGCCGGUGCCAGGCUACAGGAACAACACUGUCAACACCAUGAGGCUAUGGUCUGCCAAGGCACCCAACAGCUUCAAACUCCACGACUUCAAUGUGGGUGACUAUAUUGAGGCUGUCUUGGAUCGGAACUUGGCUGAGAACAUCUCCAGAGUCCUCUACCCAAAUGAUAAUUUCUUUGAGGGCAAGGAGCUGCGCUUGAAGCAGGAAUACUUUGUGGUGGCUGCCACCCUGCAGGACAUUAUCCGCCGCUUCAAAUCCUCCAAGUUUGGUUGCCGGGACCCAGUGAGGACCUGUUUUGACACAUUCCCAGACAAGGUGGCCAUCCAGCUGAAUGACACCCACCCAGCCCUCUCCAUCCCUGAGCUCAUGCGAAUCCUGGUGGAUGUGGAGAAAAUGGAUUGGGACAAAGCCUGGGAAAUUACGAAGAAAACAUGUGCGUACACCAACCAUACAGUGUUGCCUGAGGCCUUGGAACGUUGGCCCGUGUCCAUGUUUGAGAAACUGCUGCCGCGGCACCUGGACAUCAUCUACACCAUCAACCAGAGGCACUUGGAUCAUGUGGCAGCCCUGUUCCCGGGCGAUGUGGAUCACCUGCGGAGGAUGUCAGUGAUAGAGGAGGGGGACUGCAAACGGAUCAAUAUGGCGCACCUGUGUGUGAUUGGCUCCCACACAGUCAAUGGCGUGGCCAAGAUCCACUCAGAGAUCGUGAAGCAGUCUGUCUUCAAAGACUUUUAUGAACUGGAGCCAGAAAAGUUCCAGAAUAAAACCAAUGGCAUCACUCCCCGCCGAUGGCUCCUGCUGUGCAAUCCUGGUCUGGCUGACAUCAUUGCAGAGAAAAUUGGGGAGGGUUUCCUGACUGAUCUGAGUCAACUGAAGCAGCUGCUGCCCUUGGUCAAUGACGAAACUUUCAUCAGGGAUGUGGCCAAAGUCAAACAGGAAAACAAGCUGAAGUUUUCUGCCUUCCUAGAGAAGGAGUACAAGGUGAAAAUCAACCCUUCCUCCAUGUUUGAUGUCCACGUGAAAAGGAUCCAUGAGUAUAAGCGCCAACUACUGAACUGCCUGCACAUCAUCACCCUAUACAACCGAAUAAGAAAAGCUCCAACAAAGUCCUUUGUGCCCAGAACUGUCAUGAUCGGGGGAAAGGCGGCUCCUGGAUACCACAUGGCCAAAAUGAUCAUCAAACUAGUCACGUCCAUUGGCAGUGUCGUCAAUCAUGACCCCAUUGUAGGUGACAGACUCAAAGUGAUCUUCCUGGAGAACUACCGUGUAUCUCUAGCAGAGAAAGUGAUUCCUUCUGCAGACCUGUCGCAGCAGAUCUCCACUGCGGGCACCGAGGCCUCUGGCACGGGCAACAUGAAGUUCAUGCUCAACGGGGCCCUCACCAUUGGGACCAUGGAUGGCGCUAACGUGGAAAUGGCCGAGGAGGCGGGGGAGAAGAACCUCUUCAUCUUUGGCAUGCGGGUGGAGGAAGUGGAGGCACUGGACCGGAAAGGGUACAAUGCCAGAGAGUACUAUGACCGCCUCCCUGAGCUGAAGCAGGUGGUGGACCAGAUCAGCAGUGGAUACUUCUCUCCCAAGGAGCCCGACUGUUUCAGAGACAUUGUCAACAUGCUGAUGCACCAUGACAGGUUCAAGGUGUUUGCAGACUAUGAGGACUACAUGGCCUGUCAGACGAAGGUGGACCAGCUAUACCAGAACCCAAAGGAGUGGACUAAAAAGGUCAUCUGGAAUAUUGCCUGUUCAGGCAAGUUCUCCAGCGACCGGACCAUCAUGGAAUACGCCCGGGACAUCUGGGGUGCGGAGCCCUCAGACCUGAAGAUCCCCCCACCCAGCAGCCCCCGGGAGUAG